GAAUGGAGACGAAGAUAGGAAUGGAGACGAUGACAUGGAUGAAACCUCACAAAAUAUUUUAGAAGCACGAUCAAAGGCUGCGCAGAGCCUUGAAAAACAAGCCAAAAAGAUGAAAGCAACCUCUCACAAGGUGCAUCCACCAGCGAAAGUUGGAGAUACCAUCAUCAUACCUACUCCUGAUGUAGACAGGGCUAAAGGAGAUCUUCGGAACGUUAUUGGAGUUGUGCUUGAAGCAUCUGAUGAUGGAUUUUAUAAGAUUGGGACCAAGCAUGGUAUCUUACAAAAAUUAUAUUGCAGAAAUGAAUUUGAUAUCUGCACACGAAAGUUUUUAUUGGAAGAAGAAGUAAACAAGAACAAUGAAAUUUCGUUAAGAACCGCAGCGAUAAAACAUUCAGUUGGAACAGGCCAAGGUUUCUUUAAGUGUAGUUGCACCAAGAAGUGUAUGUCGAAUCGAUGUCUUUGCAAGAAAAAUAACGUUCUCUGCAACUCGAAAUGCCAUAAUAGUUUGACAUGUAAUAACAAGUAAAUAAUAAAAAUUACUAAACAUGUUUGUAAUAUGUAAUGGUGUUUUCUUUAAUUACUAGUAAAAACGUUAAUUUUGUCAAAAGGCUGUAUGUAGACU